AUGGCGGAAAACCACAACGGUAACGCCCACCACCACCGCAACCAACCUUCCAUCCCAAAGGGUGGCUGGCACGCCGCCAUCUUCAUCAUCUGUGUGGAGUUCGCAGAUAGAUUCGCGUACUAUGGGUUGUCGGGGAAUCUGAUACAGUACCUGACGAAAGUUCUUCAGGAGCCCACCGCGACGGCGUCCAAAAACGUCAACACUUUCAUCGGCGUUUCGGCUCUGUUCCCUCUGCUCGGUGGCUUCAUCGCCGACUCAUAUCUCGGUCGUUUCAACACCAUCGUCGCCUCCUCCAUCAUCUACCUUCUGGGCACGAUAUGGUUGACCCUAUCAGUCUCAAUACUGAAGAAUAAUUCAGCUUUAUUUUUCAUCGGCCUUUAUAUACUCUCCGUCGGGGACGGUGGUCAUAAGCCGUGUGUGCAGACUUUCGCCGCCAAUCAGUUCGACGAUGACUCGCCGGAAGAAAAAAUCACCAAGAACUCAUUUUUCAACUACUGGUAUUUGGGUUUAGUGGGCGCAGGUUUAAUUUCCAGCAUACUCAUAUAUAUUGAGGACCGUUAUGGAUGGGCCACGGGCUUUGGAAUCAUAAGUGGAACUGUUGCGUUAGCAUUGGGACUGUUUUUGUUGGGAAUAAGAAGGUACAAGAAGGACGGCCCAACGGGCAGCCCAUUUACCGGGAUGGCCCAGGUUUUGGUCGCCUCAAUUCGGAAGUGGAGCGUGGGGACGGCGCGUGAGCCUCACAUUUAUUGGUUGGGCGAGGAAGAGAAUAACGGGUCCCACCUCCAAAGUUGCCCAAAGUCCCAAUCCUUAGUCCAUACCGAUCAAUUCAGGUUUUUGGACAAGGCAAUGAUCAUUGAUGAGUUGGAUGCCUCAAGCAAAAUUAGAAAUCCAUGGAGACUAUGUUCAAUGACUCAAGUCGAAGAAGUGAAGCUUGUUCUUCGCCUUAUCCCUAUAUGGCUCAGUGGUUUAAUGUUCUUUGUCGUCCAAGCUCAGCUCCACACAUUCAUAAUCAAGCAAGGUGAGACAAUGAUCCGUUCCAUCGGACACUUCGAAAUCCCUCCGGCAUCACUUCAAAGCAUCGUCGGAGUCAUCAUCUUUAUCGCGGUACCGAUCUACGAUCGAGUUUUCGUACCCUUUGCUCGAAAAUUCACAGGACAUCCAUCUGGUAUCACAGUGUUACAGAGGAUUGGAUUAGGUCUAUUCAUGUCCAUAAUCAACAUGAUUGUUGCAGCUUUACUAGAAUCCAAAAGGAUUGGUGUUGCUAGAGAGAAUAAUCUUCUUAACAAUCCCAAAGCAACAUUACCAAUGAGCAUAUGGUGGAUGUUUCCUCAAUAUCUCAUCUUUGGUAUUUCUGAUGCAUUGGCUGUUGUGGGGUUUCAACAGUUGUUCUAUGAUGAAGUUGCAGAGACGAUGAGAAGUAUUGGAGCUGCGGCGUAUAUAAGCUUGCUAGGGUUUGGAAGCUUGGCUAGUAAUGUUGUUAUAAUUGUUGUUCAAGAUAUUAGCUCAAAAUCUGGUGAGAAAUGGCUAGCAGGGAGCAACGUGAAUAAGGCACACCUUGACUCUUUCUAUUGGGUUUUGGCUAGUCUAAGUGCUGUGAAUUUCUGCAUCUAUAUUCUGGUUGCUAAAACUUUCACGUACAAACAGCUUAAGGUGGUUGAUCCUAGCGGUGACUUUAAUCACAAUGAAGUGUAG